GAUUCCGAGCUGUAUGGGCGAUGCACACGGUGCUACGGCUCUUGGAUGGAUAACCCUUGAAAGCACCAAAGUCACAGGAACAGAUCUUCAUUCAAAGAGAGCGAGCAUCCUGUGCAACUCUCGUGACCAAGCAAAGGUGUUGAAUCUAUCGUUCUGGGUUCUCGGAUAUGGAAUCACAACUGCCCUGCCAAAGGACUUCUUCCGGCAAAAUUUGAUACGGAUUACAUGACAUUACGCAUAAACUGAGUCGCACCUUCCCAUUAUCGCAAUGGACUAUCUGGUCUGACAAUAUG